AUGCCCAGUAAUCUAGAGCUAGAAGUCAACAUCCACAGGUACUUGCGCAGUCUGGAAAAGCGCCUCGAGGCUAUAGAGGGAUCCCGGCAGCGAACAGAGAGCAGCUCGCGAAGACACCAACUGGGAGACGAUGCUACAGGCCAUGACGUGUCUUGUCCCAGGGAUACAGUAUCUCCUGCACCGCAACACCGAGGCCCGUCGUCAAUCGUGGUGGAUGCGAAUGUCUCCAUCGGAACGUCCUUUACGCAGUUAAUCCUCCGCAGCAUCUAUGGACGCGAUUCAACAACACACGCAGUGACAACCCCCGAUGAGAUGCGUGCUGGUAAUGAGCCUGGGGUGCUCCAUGACGACCUAUACGCUCUACCAGCCAAUGCAGCCGCAGUGCUGAAUCGGUAUUUCGAACACAGACACCUUCUCACCCCGCUGUUCCACCAGCCCAGCGCUAGAGUAAUGUUCGACGCGGCGCUGAACUGUCCAUCCCAGGAACGAUAUAAACAUCGACCUGCUUUUGUAAUCCUUAAUAUGAUUCUUGCGCUGUGCACCUCGCAUUGGCUGGAGGAUCGGGCCACCAUUACCGCGCGGAAACACUACGAUAUCGCCAUGGCUCUGCUUCAACCUACUCUCCUCCGUGAAUGGAGUCUAGAAUGUGUCCAGGCUUUGCUUCUUGGGGCUAGGUACCUCCAAACAACCAGUCGAGGCGACGAAUGCUGGAAUGUCCUAGGCCUUGCAGUUCGGAUAGCUUACGGGUUACGUCUCCAUCAAGAACCACCAAGCACAGACCCGAUUCCGCUCCGCGAAACUAAACGCAGGAUAUGGUAUGUUGCGUAUAUGCUUGACAUGCAUUGGAGUAUGGUAUACGAGCGUCCACCAUCAGCAAGAUCCUCCGACUUCUCAGUUAGUCUGCCGGAAGACCUCGACGACGAUUGCAUCCAGGAACAGAGAAUCCUAUACCCCAGCCCAAGACAGCCGUCCAAUAUGUCGUUCUUCUUACAGAAUGUCAAGCUCUACCGCAUAGUUGAGAAAGCAAUUACCGACACAGCAACCCCUCGAAACCCAGCAGAGCUCCUGGUUUCGCUCGAUAACGACUACCAGGAAUGGCUGCGUGAGCGUCCACCACAUCUCAUCCUGGAUAUCGAAAACCCCAACAACGAACCGGCCUGGAUUCUGGCGCUCCGUGGGAAUAUGGUUUGUAUUCUGAUCCACCGGCAAUCCCUCGAACUGAGCCUGCACCAGCAGCAAUCCAGGUCUGAGGCGGCCAAACCAGAGUCGUCAAUGACCGAUAAUAUCCUCCGCUCCAGCCACCGGAUCUGCGUCACCGCUGCAAUAGAGUCCAUAGAUAUCGUUGAGCUACGACACGAGCAGACUAAAAAGACCGCAGGCUUGGAUUGGUAUAAUAUCUACUACCUAUUCAACGCCGUCAUCACCCUCGUUUCAUACAUCCUCAACCCUCUCUACUCCUCCGACCGUCGCGCCCUCGAUAAGAUGGACAAAGCCCUGCACAUGAUCAAAUCCAUGUCUAGGAACCAUUCCUUCGCGAAAUGGGCGCAUUCCUUUCUCCAGCAGCUUACCAGCUACAUGCAUCAGUUACUCGUACCGCAGGAAGAAGGCCAUACCCAAACUGAGACCUUGCGGCAGAGCACCAGCCAGGGAUAUACCUUUGCCAACGAUGGAAUUGCUUCUCUACCCGCGACGACAACAGGUGCUCCAACUGGGUUCCCUGAUAGUAGCGCCGAUCCCUUCCAGCUAGAUCUGCAGACGAUAUUUGGGAAUGCGCAGGAUCUGUCGGCUAAUCUGGAGACGCAGCUAGAGAGUUUUAGUGCCGGUGAUCUUGCGGCGGAUCCGAUGUGGAUGUUUGGUGAUGGCGGCCAUGGUGUUUGA